AGUUAUAUACAGCUGGAACAAGUCGUUGAGUAGGGAUGUCAAUACUGUGAUUUAAGAACAUGCCCCCAAUAAUUUAUGGUAUGUCAAAAACAUCCUGAAAACCUGCCUCAACGAAAAUGACUGUUUUCUAAAAAAAUGUCGCAGUCAGGGCAAAGUGAGCAUGUUCAGCCCACCCGCUGAGCGACACCCUGGCCAAACAAUGUCGACACUUUGGAAUGGCGGGAUUGGUGUCCGUACUCCUCAUGUCGGGAAAGCAAGUGAUGAAAAAAGUUCAGGAUCGAUAAGAUGAACUAAAUCCAUUGGCUAUAUCCAUGUGCAAAGUGAAGGCUGAUACAUGUCAGUACCUGCGAAUGCUCUACGAGUAUCUUCUUGGAUGCCAGUACGCUAGCAUGAGGAAUUUAAUGUUCUCUGACACGCGUAUCCACAUGGGAAUGAGUACGAGUGAAUAUCGAUGCACACUGCCAUUGAGAGAAGGAAGGAGCGGUGCGUGCUGAUAAAGGCAACUAGCUCUUUGAUACUUCGAUGGAGCCGCCACUAAGAUCUCCCCACGGCCCCAGUCCGGGCCCUCACCUGGCGGGCUGCGCGGGCGUGACUGGCGGGGCGGCGACAGGCAGCAGCUAACUGGCCUCGUGGUGGUGGAGGGAAGGCGUCCGAGACAGGACGCGGCGCGGCGGGGUGGGUCGGGGCGAGUGAUGACAGCGGAGCGCCGCUGGUACGAGCCACCCACCCCGCGGGACUGGCGCCGCCCCAGCCUGGCGGAGCUGCAGAGUCUCGAGUCUUCCACUGCGCUUCGGAAGGCCAUCCUGGAACGUAAUUCCUCCACCCCUGCCGGAAAGACCGUGGACCUGGCAUCCCAUAAAUCUUCCUCCUCCAGCGGGAGGUCCACUAUUUCUGAGGUGGAUAAAAACAUACUGGAGAGAAAUUUUCCCGUGACCCCCAUCGACCCUCUGAAUAGUCCUCACGCAAGGGCUAUGAGGCCUCCUGCUGGAAGAGAUGGCAAACCUUACAGCCUCCGUCGUAAAAAGACCUUUACGGAUCUCAGUGAUACCUAUUUUUUUGAUAAAGAUUGGCAUGGAAGCGAUCCUCUCGAGAGACCGGCAGUUAGCCUUCCUGGAUCUAGGCCCCGAAGCUCCACUAUGACAAAGUAUGCUCCUCUUCCUUCCAUCACGUCAAGCAAGGAGUCCCAAAGUCAGCCACCGCCACUCAUACGCAGCAAGACAUUUGAUGUCAUUGACACAAAGAUGAAAAAUUUGCCGACGGUGGACGAUUCAUCUGUGAUUUCACGUCAGAAAUCAGAGGAAGAGGAGGAGCCACCCUACGUGGUGACUGUGAGCAUUGAAGGCAAAACUUUGAAGGAGUACAUGUCCCACGCGAGAGAUGGUCUCCUCAGAUCCCGUCCAGCGACCAAAUACGGACGAUCAGAUCAGACACACGAAAAUCCACUAUUAGGGGUUUCUUGGGUAUCAGAAAAACCCUUGCUGUACCAAGUUCACCUUCCUCAAACGAAGGAAUCUAGUACUAAGAUUGCUAGGCUGGGCGGGGCUGAUGAUGGUGAAAGUGAGGGCGAUGAGGGUGCGGGAGAGGAGGGAUCAGACACUGUGAUGGAGGCUACUGAUAAAGACAAUCAGGAAAAUGAUGAUGGUAAUGAUGUGAGUAACAAUAACAUUGAUGAUGAAGAAAACGAAAAUGAAAAUACCAAGGGUAAAGAUGACGACAGCAAUAAUGAAGAUAGUGAUGAUGAUGAUGAUGAUAAUAGCGAUGAUGAGGAGAGCGAUGAUGAGGAUAGUGAUGAGGAGGAUAGCGAUGACGAUGAUGAUAGUGAUGAGUGUGACGAAACGAAGGAGAACAACGCAAUGCGAUAUCCACAAGUCGAGGAGCAGCCACGGGGAGACGACGAUGACAUCAACGUGUACUUCAUGCUGCCCGACAACUCGCUCCUGCUGGCGCGCACCACCCCUCUCUGGACGCUGACGGAGCUGCUGGGCGUGGCGCGGGGCGUGCGGGUGGACGGGCGUCGCCUGAAGGUCUUACUGGACGGCGUGCACCCGCAAGACCUACACACCUGCCUCAGAGACCUCGGCAUCACUCACAACACCACUGUCUAUUUGCUGGAGACUGCUGGGUGAAUCUGCAUACCACGACUCUAACUGGAGUUACCACUAUCCUGUAACCCCAAACAAAUAACAAAACCCUCCAAGGAGUUCUGUCCCUUGGCUCUACACCACGGCCUAACAAUAUCCAACAAGCUAGGCACUGAUGAUAUUUAUUAUCAUCUAGGCUGAUAAGAUAACCGAAUCUAUAGCACAAGGUGAAAUAAAAGAUACGAAACAAGGCAAUCAAUGGGAAAGACGCGAAAGUGUGUGAGGCAACUCUGCCCGGUGAGGGAGCCGUGUUCACGCCCUCCUGUUGGCGGCGUCUCCCGGCGGGCAGAUGACACCUGAUAGUGGGUAUCUGCAGUCCUGCCCAAGGUCUCUCGGAAGCCACUUCUACAGGCCUUGGUUCUGACCGUAAACUUGAACUUUCCGCCAUGCACUUGCUUAUUUGCGGUUCCGAGCAAUAUUUUUGCUUCGUCAGGGCAAUACGUUAAAGUGCGACACUAUCAAUGUAAAAGCCGCGAAAAAGCAAGGAAUGACUACAUGCAUGCAUCAUAUUUUCUGAAUUUUCCUCCUUCCGUUAUGAAUACUAAAUCUCUCCUUUCUACUCUUCUACAUACCUUUAUUUCCUUUCUAUUUCCACUAAGUACUGAACACAUGGCUCAAAGUUAAUUACAUGCAUGAUGCAAAGAGAUGACGCUUGUCUGUGACAUUGGCCUAAGUACAAUACCGGCGUUUACUUGCUCGAGGCAGCUGGCUAAAUCUGUGCAUUGUUGCUGUGUAAUGGAUGCUCAACUCAACGUCACAUUUAUGCAAUUGAAUACAUGAGUAGGUGUUUGUUUGCAUGUAAAUUUAAACACUUGAUUGUGGGUGAUAUAUACAGCCUUGAACUGUGAAGAUAAAGGUGAUAAAUAUCUAAUAAAAGAACACCACACAGAUAGCUAACGCAUUACUACACUGAUUACAUCAUAAAUUCGUGUGUGUGUGUGUGUGUGUGUGUGUGUGUGUGUGUGUGUGUGUGUGUGUGUGUGUGUGUGUGUGUGUGUGUGUGUGU